AUGUUUUUCAAGAGCGUUCCAACCAUAGCUAUCUUGGCUUCUGGCCUUAUAGCAUCGGCUACCCAGACUUUCAGCAACACCGGCACACUUUCAGGCUGGACUGGGCAGACAAUAGAACACAAGGGCAGCAUCCGGGAGGUCACCGAUGUCGUCUACAAGGGUAAUACCGCUCUCGAGAUGACCCAGGUCUAUGAUCCCAACUGGUCCGGCCGUUUCCACUCGGAAAAGUCCAAGACUGCAGUCUACAAGCUCGGUGGCCAAGGCUACUACGGAUUUGCUUUCCGCCUGCAGGAUGACUGGCAAUUCUCCCCAGCGCAAUCGUACAACCUGGGCCAGUUCAUCGCCGACUUCACAGACACUGGGUGCGAUGACUGGAUGCCAGCUAGCAUGGUUUGGAUCCUCGGGAACCAGCUCUAUACUCGCGUGAAGUACGGAUCGAUCUGCAGUCAGCGUACUCGGACUUUCGAGAAAGUCGCUACUGUGACGGCGGGAGAGUGGCAUCGGGUCACCAUUCAGGCCAACUGGCAGACCCAUAACGGUUCUUACACACUUUGGUUUGAUGGCAACAAAGUCGUCGACGUACACAAUAUUCCGACAAUGAUCAAUGAUGCUCGACCAUUUGACUACCACGUCGGUAUCUACGCCAACGGCUGGCAUGACGACCACACCAUGAAAGGUAGCCAAGGCACGCGCCAAGUCCAUUUUGAUCAGAUUUCUGUUGGCACUACUUUUGCCGAUGCCGAUCCCAGUCAAUGGUAG